AUGUACCAUCACUCCAACCAAUCUGCCACUUCGACGGGGUCUUCCAGACGAAUUUCGACAAACAAUCCCUUUCGUUCUGCACUUUUGCAAGAGGAGAGGUCUGCGCCUUCAAAUAUAGAUGAAACACAGUAUAAUUCGUGGCUAAGCCAGAGAAUUGAGGAAGAAAAACACGAUGCGAAAAGAAGCAGUUACAAUUCGUACGGCGACGACGAUUACUACGAUGAUGACGAUGCAAACUCGUUCACUGAAGGCGACGAGUUUGAUUUUGCCAAACCUGGAUCUGUUCCUAUCAACACACGGUCAAUGAGUGACAAUUCUGCUAGAAGAAGUAGAGACUCUUAUAACCCGUUUGCGACUUACACCAGAAGUAGAUCCAAUACACCUGUUCAUACCCCAUCCAGAUCAACGUUUUCAAGACACAGCGGAUCAUCCCCCGUUCCUGUAGGAAACGAGGCGCCUCUACCGCCUCCAUCAUAUGAAGAAGUUGUAGGAACCAAAUACGCCAAGGAUGAAUAUCCAAAGGACGAAAAAAAUCCCUUCCCUGAGAGAGCUAAUAAUAACAACACAGAAAAUAUAAAAAGUUCUGAAGCUGAGUAUGGACACAACAAUGGGAAUUUGCGCCGUGCAAAUACAACUGCUUAUCAAAGUCGUCGUCCGGCUCCUCCUCCACCACCCCCUAUUCCUUCCUCGCAUACUAAACCACAACUGAACCCAGAAAGCAUGACCAGCACUACAACCACAAGGAUCUUGUCCGAUGGCCGAGUCAGGUCAAAGAGUACAGGGGAUCAAAUUAACGAGAGGGCCCACUCUUCUAGACACAAGCAUAGUUCAAAGACAGAUGAACAGGGGCGCCAUCAUCAUGGCAGUCGCUCUCAUCACCACAGUCACCGUUCACAUGACAGAGAUAGACGAAGAGAUCAGGGCUAUGAUGAUGAUGAUGAAGGUUAUGAAAGACAAAGAAGAUCAAACACCAGGAGAAAGAAAUUUGUACAGGAGCGUUCAAAGAACUUGGAUACCAUUGACAAGUUGGACGUCACUGGAUUUUUUGGUGGGGGUAAGUUCCAUCACGAUGGGCCAUUUGAUGCUUGUACCCCUCAGCGGAACAAAGAUACCAAGGCAGCUCCUGUUGCGGCAUUCCCGGUCGACGGACCAAAUAACUCGAUUAAGGGAAUGGCGCCAGAAAAUUCAAAGGACCAACAGUAUGAUAUGGUUUUCGGAAUUGAUAAUGCACGAGGUGAUAUUCAAGCUCCAACAAAGCCAAGGAGCAAUUCUGAUAUAAAGCGGGGAUACACAAACGGGACAGUCGUAAAAAGAGCAAACACUUCCGAUUUGGAAAGUCUUGUGUCACCUGACAAGAAUGUCUUGGCUCAAGUUGACGCUUCCCAAACAGAAAAACUGUAUGGUGAUACCACACUAGGUUUGGGUGCAAGUACAUUUAUGGAUGGUGCACCUGCUUAUGGCGCUAAACAAACCAAUUCUAAAGAUGGAGGUUUGGGUAGAAAGAAGACUUUUCUAGGAAGGAUGAAAACAAUAGUUAGAAAAUAA